AUGGCCGAAGUCGGGGAGGACACGGGGGCCCGGGCCCUGCUGGCUCUGCGCUCCGCGCCCUGCAGCCCGGUCCUGUGCGCCGCCGCUUUCCCCUCUCCUCCGCUGCAGCAGCAGCAGCUGCAGCAACAACAGCAGCCGCCGCCGCCGCCUCCUCCUCCUCCUCCACCGCCGCCCCCUCCUCCUCCGCCGCCUCCUCCUCCCCAGCAGCCGGCGGCGCCGCCGGGAGCCCCCGUGGCCGCGGCGGCGGCGGCGGCGGCGGCGGCGGCCUCGGUGCGGCAGAGCCCGGGCCCGGCCCUGGCCCGCCUGGAGGGCCGCGAGUUCGAGUUCGUCAUGCGGCAGCCCGCCGUCACCAUCGGUCGCAACUCGUCGCAGGGCUCCGUGGACCUCAACAUGGGCCACUCGAGCUUCAUCUCCCGGCGCCACCUGCAGCUGACUUUCCAGGAGCCGCACUUCUACCUGCGCUGCCUGGGCAAGAACGGGGUCUUCGUGGACGGGGCCUUCCAGCGGCGGGGCGCGCCCGCCCUGCAGCUUCCCAAACAAUGUACUUUCCGAUUCCCUAGCACAGUUAUAAAGAUCCAGUUCACAUCUCUAUACCAUAAAGAAGAAGCUCCACCGUCUCCCCUUCGGCCCCUUUACCCUCAGAUCUCGCCUCUGAAAAUCCACAUUCCGGAGUCGGAUCUCCGGAGCCUGGUCAGCCCCCUCCCUUCCCCCACUGGCACGAUCAGUGUUCCCAACUCUUGCCCAGCCAGUCCGCGUGGUGCUGGAUCUUCAGGAUAUCGCUUUGUUCAGAACAUUACCUCGGACUUGCAGCUGGCAGCAGAAUUUGCAGCAAAGGCAGCUUCAGAGCAGCAGGCAGACACUUCUGGAGGAGACAGCCCAAAGGAUGAAUCCAAACCACCUUAUUCGUAUGCUCAGCUAAUUGUACAGGCUAUCUCCUCUGCCCAAGACAGGCAAUUAACACUAAGUGGGAUCUAUGCCCAUAUCACCAAGCAUUACCCUUAUUACAGGACUGCUGACAAAGGCUGGCAGAAUUCCAUUCGUCAUAACCUCUCUUUGAACCGAUACUUUAUUAAAGUCCCACGCUCCCAGGAGGAGCCUGGAAAGGGCUCAUUUUGGAGAAUCGACCCUGCCUCUGAAGCCAAGCUAGUGGAACAGGCAUUCCGAAAACGGAGGCAGAGAGGGGUGUCCUGCUUCCGAACCCCCUUUGGACCUCUAUCGUCAAGAAGUGCACCUGCUUCCCCUACUCAUCCCGGGCUAAUGUCUCCUCAUUCUAGUGGUCUGCAGACUCCGGAGUGCUUAUCGCGGGAGGGCUCACCCAUUCCACACGACCAUGAUUUUGGGUCAAAAUUAGCCUCUGUUCCAGAGUAUCGUUAUUCACAAAGUGCACCUGGGUCUCCUGUCAGCGCUCAACCGGUGAUCAUGGCUGUUCCUCCCCGACCAUCCAAUUUAGUGGCCAAACCUGUCGCCUACAUGCCAGCUUCAAUAGUGACUUCUCAGCAGCCGUCCGCUCACGCAAUUCAUGUUGUUCAGCAAGCACCCACUGUUACCAUGGUCAGGGUUGUGACCACCUCUGCCAAUUCAGCUAAUGGGUACAUAUUAACCAGUCAAGGCACAGCAGGAGGUGUCCAUGAAGCUGGAGCAGUAUUGGACUUGGGCAGUGAACCAAGAGGUUUGGAAGAUAAACCUACCAUUGCAUUUGCAACAAUUCCGACGGCCAGCCGGGUCAUCCAAACCGUUGCCAGUCAAGUGGCUCAGGGAGUCCCAGGACAAACAGUCACCAUCCUUCAGCCAGCCACCCCGGUGACCAUUGGCCAGCACCAACUUCCAGUGAGAGCAGUGACGCAAAAUGGAAAGCAUGCCAUCCCCACCAACAGUAUCACUGGAAGCGCUUAUGCCCUCACAAACCCACUGCAGCUUCUCGCAGCCCAGGCUAGCUCAUCCACCCCUGUAGUGGUCACCCGGGUGUGUGAGAUGGGGCCCGAAGACCCAGCGGCCUCUUCAGGGGAGCCGGAUGUCAAGAGACCCCGGAUGGAAGAACCCAGUGGAACUGUUGUGGCACAGGCAGCAGGGGUGAUAACAUCAACAGCGCCGCAAGGGCAGGGAUCCGGUGAAUGAGGAGUCCCGGAAGAGGAGCUGGAAUAUGUGUGGAGCAGAAAGAGCUUCAAAAAGGAAUGUUGAGCAGAAGUUUAACCACUUGAAAUAAAUAGCAGCUCUUCUUAAAAGCUAUGUAUAAAGGACAGCUCCACAGCUUGAGGUGCCAAACAGAUUGGGAAAAAAAAAAGCCCUCCAUCUACCUGCAUCCGGAACUCAACUUGGCCUUUACAUCCCUGCCCUCACUCCCCCACCCAGCCGUUUCCUCCUUUCCAUCCCCAACUUUAGUUACAACCCCUCCCCCAUACACAGACACACACACAACACACAUGUGUAUACUUACAAACAGAUUCAGACAACUGAUUGUAUGACUGCUGGCACUUGUUCUUAUUUCAGCACUUCCCUUCUCCCUCACCCUUUUCUUCAAAGGGAUGAGAGAACACGGGGAUGUGGUUCAGUAUGUUAAGGAAUGUAAUGCAAACAGAUUUGGUCUGCAAAAAAAAAAAAAAAGAAAGGCUCCUUAUCUUCCAAUGCCUUAACACUGCCUCUUAGGAUUUCAGACUCAGUGACUUUUUCGAAAAACAGCCAUGCCCAUUCGUGGAAUACUUACGUUGAUGAUCAUAGUGAAAGCAUUAAAAUAACAUGGUACCAAUUUCCUUUCUCCCUCCCUCCCCACUAAAAAAAAAAAUGGCUUCUUAAAGGAAAAUAAUGAUAAUUAACACGAAUUCGUACUUAUAAGGGCCAGUUGAGAGAUGGAGGAGAAAUGAUAGGAUCUGACCAGGGUGAUCUUCAAGUUACAGUUUCUCUAGUGUUUUUCACUGGAAAAUGAUAAAAGUAUUAGCAUUAAUUUUUUGUUUGGUUGGUUGGUUCAGUUUUUGGCCCCCAAAAUAUCUCUUGUUUUUGUUCAGAGUUGAUGCACCACCAAAGAAUCUGGGCCUAAUAAGAACUCUGACAGAUACAAAAGGAGUUGUAUGUCUUUGGGGCUUGCCAAAUUUAGUUUUUUUUGCAAUGAGGAUUUUUUAUUCUUUUGCAUGACACUUGCAGUAGAGUGAAUCCAUUGCUUGACCUGUUAACUUCAUGGAAAAUUACUUACUUCCUGCAUUAGAGCACUCUCUGCCCAGUUGGAAGUGAAUUAAAAGCCAGUGUACUAAAGCAGACACCUGGCAUCCAGGCUCUGAAGUUUUGGAGCAAUUCUUGUUGAUCAUUGAUGGGCCCUGGUGUUCUAGACAGAAUCCAAAUGACACAUAUGAACUUGCAAGAGAAAAUGAGUGUCUCUCAUUGCACUGGAAACUGAACAAUAAUAAAACCUCUUUAUUCUCCUCCCGUCCUCAUCAGGAAUGGGUCACAAAAUUUCUUUAACCUUUUCAUUUAAACCAUUUCCAUUAAAAUUUCUUCUACAUUUUACCAGAUUAACCUGAAAAUGUCUCCACCUUCUAAAACACCCAUGGCUUCGGGAAUAGAUUAAGGUGACUGGAGACUAACUUCCCUUUCCAGGAUUUAGAACGGUGCUUGACACCUAGUAAGCGCUCAGCCAAUCCUAUUAUUAUUCCAUGAAGUUGUUAGGUGAUGUGUGGGGCCCCUCAGGGUUUAUCACUAUCUGGCUGCAUCGCUUUUGUUUUGUUGUAAGGUCAAUGUGUUAGUGGUCUCUGAAGGAGCAGAAAAGAGUAGCCUGCUCCAUUGUAGUGGCUGUUUAUUUCCAAGUAGAGUCCCCUGAAUUUGCACACAUGGCAGCUUUCAGGUUUGAGGAAGUAGAUCAUGAGCUAUUUAAUUCCUGCCUCAGCUGUAGGGGUAGGACAGUCCAGUAGCUACUCUGACAGCUGACAAACUCUUGAUGUCUCUUUAAACUUUUUAGAUGUGAAGCCUGAUAUAAAUAUGUAGUAGAAGUGUGAUGGCUUAUUAAGUCUGGGUUUGCCCACUCUCUCGAGCGGAAUGUAGCAGGAGGCGUGGGAACUCACAUCUUUUAAGAAUUGAUUUUCCUUUUGCUGGCCUUUCAGGUUUUUGCUCUGCUGACUUUGGACCAAUAUGAGGAAAAAGCGUAGUUCUGUGCAAAACUCUGAAAGUAGUGUCUCUCCCUAGAACAGUCUAUUUCCUGGAUGGGAUGCAGCUUGAGCUUCCCAAACUACAACUUGUCCACAUUGCUCUUUAGCUGGUUACCCUGUCAGUAAUUCCUAAUAGAAAUACCCCAAUGAUACCUAAAACUUCCUUUAAAGCAUAUGAGAUGAUGAAGAAGCAGGAAAAUAUCUCAUGGAUAAGAAGCUAACCAAGAAGUUCCCAUUUGAAAAACAAAAAAACCCAAAACCCAAUAACAGCAUUUUUUGGGUAAUUUUUAAGUAGAGGCCAGCAUCCUACAGAGAAACAGUGUGGUCUAAUGGAUACAGCACAGACCUGGGAAUCAGAGGACCUGGGCUGCUGUGGGUGGCCGGGGGCAAGACAUUUCACUUUUCUGUGUCUCAGUUUCCUCAUCUCUAAAAUGGGGAUUAAGUACCCAGUACUUGGGUUGACUAGUAAAGCUUUCUGAGCUAAAAUGUUUUUGACCCUUAUGGCAACAUGUGAGGCAAACUAUGCCUCUUCUGCCUGGGAAAGGAAAAGCCAGCAAAAGAAAAUAUUCUAAAUAAAUAAUGAUGCUCAUUAAAGAAAAUAUUCAUUGAAGUCCAUUCAGAGCAAAAACAUGAAACUUCAGAAACUUGAGAAUAGGAUGGAAACAACUAGCAGUGCUGUUCUCAGAUUAUCUGCAGCUAAUGGCGAUAAAAUUAUGCUCCAUUCCGUGCUUACAUUUUCCUAACUUUUUAUAUAAUUUACAUUUUUAAUGGUGUGUGUGGUGUGUGCAUUGUGUGCGUGCGCAUGUAUAUUUGUGUGUGGGUGACAGGCAGGCUUUAUUUUGCAUUGGUAGAAUUAACCUUUAACCAUUCAAGAGGUUCCAGGUUAAGGGAUCUACAAGGAGCUCAGUAACAAAUUUGGGGGGCUCCCAGAUGCUCUUUCUCUUCCAUGUAUAAAUGCCUUGUGUCUCGAUCCUGACCCAAUUGGUAAAUUAGGUUUAACAUAAUCACCAAAAUCUUGAGUUCCCCUUUUAUUAGAUUAAGUCUCAUUUUAGGAGAGUACACCACUUUUGAAUUAUUAGGAAAGUACACACAGUUCUCCUAAAACACAAGAGUUACGUUCUUUUUCAACUUUGGCCUAAGGAAAACUCACAAUACAGGACACAUGCCUUGAUCAAGGUCUGGCCCAUUAGUGGUUUUUUUUCACACCAUGGAUCAUACUAUCCUGAUAGAGGUAGAACAUUCUCUAAUUCCCCUAAUAGCAUUCUAUCCAAACUGAAACAUGUUACAGAUUAUUUGAGUGUACAAUAGCUUAUCUGUUCAAAAACGUUUUUGCAUUUCUGUCGCAGACUGUAAUAUUCCUGUCUAUUUCAAAUGUUUUUAUUGGUAUCUGCCCAGUAUAGCACUUCUAUUAGCACUAAUAUUUUUCUAGUUCUCAAUUCUUGUUAAUGUUCUAAUAUCUUGUUAAACAAAAAAGCCUUCCUAGCAAUGUGAAUAGGGGCAGAUUGGGGGGAAUGAAAAUAUUGUUUCCUAAAUGGUGAAUUCUUCUAAUCUGGUGUUUGCAGCAAAGACCUCUGAAAGAUUAAAUUGGGAGGAUUGUGAGCAGUUUAGUGUUCUGUUGGCAUUGGAGUCGAGACCAUUCUAUUGUACCCCAAGGCGCUUAGUACAGUGCUGUGCACAUGGUAAGCGCUCAAUAAAUACCGUAAUUGAGGAGAUAAAGUGAUUCACUUCUGGAUGUCCCUGACUGCCAGGGUUUGGGGAGGACCCAAGUAGGUUAACAAAAGGGAACUGAAGAAUGCUUCUGCCCUCUUCACAGAUCAUGUUCUGCCUUUUCUGAACACACAAUGGCCCUCUUCUCCCCCACCCCCCCACUUUCUUCUCCUCCUCCUUCUCCUCUUCUUUCUGAUUCUAUUCCCUUUCCACCUCCUCUUCCUCCUGAAUUUCUAGGGGUUGAGGAGCUUUCUCUGGGGACUUCCUUCAGCCUCUCUUGAAUGAAUGAAGAAAGAGAUCUAUUGGAGAAAAAUAUACAGAGAUAUCCAAAGUUAGAUCCAUCAGGUUCUCAAAAUAUAUUUAACUGAGCCAAAUGGCAUCUUGCAAGGACAAAGCAAAUUCCAGUGCUCCAGAGUGGGUCCAGUCUGAACAGGAGUGACCAGUGGUGGAUCCCCAGAUUCUACAGGCAGGCCUCCAAUUUUUUAAUCAAUAGCACUCUUCUAACCCCUGAUGCAUUGUAAUUGAGAGUAUGUAAUGGGAUUUUUUGAUAAUAAUGAAAAGAGGUAACACUGAAAUUCAGUGUGUCGACAAGCAAUGAGAACCAUCAUCACAUCUUUAGUAGUUUCCUUGAACUUUUUGGCAAUGUACUUCCAUGCACACGUGGCAAUGAGAGUACUUUUAAUUCCUCUGGCUUUCUCCCAGAAAAGCCUCAUCUUAAAUGGAAUCUGUUACCACCGUGGCAUCAACCAACUGCAUGAGCUUUAGGAAUAUGCAUAUAGUUUGAUUAAUGUUGUUCAGCAUUUAUUGAGCAUCAGCAAUCCUAAGCGCUUUAUGAAAAAGAUGAUGCUGUCCAAGACUUUAUAACUCCAUCAGGAAUUGGCUAUCUUUUCCCUUACCUUUUAUUGCCCCACACGAACAUUUUUCAUUGUUUUAUUUUUCCUGAAUCUCAACUACUUUCCCUUUGGGCAGAAGUAUAACAAAAUUUGUUUUGACUUCUUGAACUCAAAUGCAGUACUCAUGUCUUCUGAGACCCUCCCCCUGAAAAAAAAGUCCUCAUUAAUCCUUUUAUGGCAAAAUAAGAUGCAGAUUUUCAUAUGAUCUGUAACAGUAAAAUAAUUAGUUUGGCUGAAGCUUUCUUCACUUUUUCCCUCUCUAAAUCUGUGUGCCUAAUUUACCUAUACAUCACUUCCCCAUACUUCCUAUUUUGUCUGCUGUUUAGUAGCAAGACCAGGGUCUACCCAAAGAUGAAUCAAAACUCAGGGUGUCCUUUGCCCCAGGUGCUGAACAGGUUCUAUCUCCAGCAAGGGAGGGAAAAGAUUUUUUCCUUGAUCUCUGCCUGGAGUAAGAGUUGGAAAGGGUAAGGCAGUAAAACUAGGAAAGGGAUCAGUGUAGCUCUAAAGGCAUUUGAAGAACAUCCGAAAGUUGGUGUUGAUAAGUUGGCUCAACAAUAGUAAUGGCCUGUUCUUCUGCUUUCGCAAAUUCCGUAUAUGCUGCCACUUUUCUCAUUUUCAAGAAAAUUUGGUAAAUGAUUCUUGGAGUAAAGGAAAUAAUCAUUGACUGUGCAUUCACUCCUUAUUUUCCCUCCUGUCCCCGAAGUUAAAGUGUAUGCUGUAAUAUUUGGAAAUUGGGUUACUUGUGGGGUAUAAGGGGUAGAGAUACUUUACACUACAAUCACUGGUCUUUGAUAUUAUCCCCUUUUUUAUAUAGGAGGGGUUUAGAGUUCUCAGUGCUUCUUAUGCUCCACAUUAAGGUAUAGGAACCUCCCUCUGGGUCAGGCAGAGAUAGACUUGACCCCAUGAAAAGCCUUCGUCCGAUGAUGUGGAAUAAUUCCUCUCAGAAAAAUAUCCUGUCUUGGAGAAAAACUCAUCCUUAAAAGUAACACUUUAAAUUUUGUCUUAAAUCUACACAGGGCCUGCUAUAAAUUGUACCUAAUCAUAACAUUGGUUCAGCAUCAUAAAGAGGGAAAUAUGAAGCAUAUAAGAGGGGGAAGGGCUUGUUUUCAUUUUGGGGAGUGGUGGGGGUGGGCAGUAUUGAAUGCUUUUCAGUUUUAGCUAUAAUAUCGAAACAUGCAGAACAGAUUUUCUAUCAUGUUGUGGGCUUUCAUAUACACUUAGAAUUAAAGCUGAAGGAAAGAGUGUUUUUUUAAAAAGGUAAAUAUACAGAGCUUGGAAGGAAGAUGGAGUUUACUAAACCGAAAACUAAAUGUAAGUUCAUAGUAUUUUUGGUUUUUUUUUAAAAAAAAAGCUUAGUCAGCUUUGCCAGUAAAGGAGACUUAAAAUAUCUACUAUGAAGAACUGCUUUUCAUCUUUUGUCUUUGCUGUUCUAUCUUUGUUAUAAAGCACUCUUUGUGGGAAUAAUUGCUUUUAGAAAAAUCCUACACUCUGGAAAUAUUUUAUUUAAAGGACCUUAAAAUAUCCACUCAUAUGGCUGCCUCUAUCUCAGCUGAAAAGAGCACUGUGGUUGUAGAGUACCUACUAAAUACGAUUUGUAAUCAUUUUUCAAAUAUGAAAAAUGCUGGAAAUGCUAGGUAAUAGUACGAUCUUGGCUUGAACCUCAGAGUGCUGCAAGUAAAGUUGGUAAUUAGAGACCUAGAGACACACUUAAUCCCUCGUUCUGUGUUUACAAUUAUAGUUUAUUUCCCUGAAACUUUAUUGUGAGCUUUCUGUCUUUAAUUUUUGCCUAGGAACUAACGCUGUUGGUUUUUGUUUUUUAAUAAAGCCUUAUGGCUUUCUUAAAUUUGCUGCUAUAGACAGAAUUGAGAUUUAGGUGAAUUCAAAGAGUAAUUGGUAUUUAUUUCUAACUCUUUUCUGAGUUGAGAGUUGAAUGAACCUGCAACAAAAUGUCUUGAUUUAAACUGAAACAAUUUCUAUUUUUACCGUCCAUCACUUCCUUAUCGUUUUCAUGUAUUUAAUAUUGUUUCUUUUGGUUCAAAAAGUUCUUGCCUGACCUUCUCUCUGGUUUAAGGUUUUAAAAUACUUAACAUUUGCUCAGGACUUGGUUCUGUUAAUCCUAAAGCUUGUUUCUGUUUGUUUCAACUGCUGUCCUUUUGCAUUUUAUUUCUGGAUAAACAUUUAAAGCUGCUACAUCUAGUGUGGAGUGGUUAAGUGUUUCCUGGAGGGGAUUGCCAGUUGGGGUAUGCAGUUACAUGCAGGGAGAUGCCAUUUUUCAUCAGUGCUAAUUAUCUCUGAACAUACAGUUCUGAAGUGAUUUUGCACGUUUCCUCCUGGUUCAAAUGUAAGAUUGUUCGUGGGUGAUGGGAGAAUGUGUAGGGGCCCAGGAGGGCCGUGAGGAGCUGAGAAGGAGUCUCUUUAUCUGAAUGCUGCUAAAUGUCUUUCCUAAAGAGUACUUAGUGACUUAAUUAGAGCAACUGUUCUGUCUCCAUGCUACGUGACAUGCAACAUUCACUUUGUCUUUACCUCUUGACCUUUGAUCAAAGUUGGAUCUUGGUAGCAAAGUUUCUGUUCUAAGUGAAUGGAAAAUUUAGCAUGUGUUCACUUAGUUUCUCCUGGACAAACAGAAAACAAAAUAAUUUCGUUGGGUAUAGGUUGUAGUAUGACAAUUAUUAAAAUAAUCAAGUACUCGGGAGGCAUUUUCUUUUUUAAAAAAAUACCAAGGACAAGUUCAUUUAGUGAGGGCAAGUGGGGAGUGAAUAUGGUAAAGCUCUUUCCCUGUAACUUUCAAAUGUAAGACUGGCUAUAAUGUUUAGGACCUCCUGUGUUUUAGGAAUUUACACCCUUGCAGUUUCAAGGUUUCACCUCCUGCACCCCUUGUUAUCCCCCACACGGCCCCAUACACAUUCUCCUGGGUGCCAAAAUGGAGGUAACCAGGCAGCAGCUAGAGCCAGCUGAGAACAAAAACUUCCUUUUGCUGCCCCUGGCUCCUCAGAGUUUGUAUUUUUGCUGGAAGCACAGCAAGAAGCUGCCCCAAAGCCAUACAGGUAAGAAUGCUGAGGGAGCUUGGGGCAGCAGGGGUAAUUUCUCUUUUCAAGCCUGUUUCUGUCGUGCUAUCAGAGUGAUCACACCCACUAAGGUUCUUUGAAUCCAAGGUACUUGCACCCCUGGUAUAAAACUUCUGCAGCAUAUCCAAUCAGAUCUUCCAAAGCUCCCUACCGUUCCCCCAGCCUUAGAGAAGCAGUGAUUUAUUCGAGUUAUGGAGAAAAGAAACUCCCCUUUAGAGACCAAUGUAAACAAAGUUUAUAUUUAUUAAUAUUAAUGUAAUUAUAAAAUUGAGCCAUAUAGUCACAUAUCUGUUCCUUUUUGCUGAGUGGAACGGUACGUUUUAUAGUGUUAAUGCAGAGAGUAAAGCGCUCACUCUCAGAGAAUGUAACAGGGAAUUUAGUUAAGUGGGAUGGAUUUCAAUUUUACUAGUCUCAACCCUAAUAUUGAUCAUUCCUGUUUUAUGGUGCGACUUGUUUUGAUCUUGCUUUUUACAUCUCUCAAAGGCCAAAUUGAAGUUCUAAAUACACAGGCUGUGACCACUUAGUUCUACAUCCCACAGAUCUUCCUACAACAAUUAGUAAGUUGUAGACAGAAAAUCUAUCUGGAAUCCUGCAGGGUUUGCAGAAAACCGGGUCCUUGGAGAUCUUACAAAUUCAUCCUUGGGAGAUAACGUGCAGUGGAAGGAAGUUCCAUGCAGAGAUCGGGGCAAAGUACUGGGUUGUGGAAAAUUUAAUAACUCAGCUGUGAAACACUUGUGUCAUAUCGGGAGCCAUCUUCCAAAUUCAGUUGGAAUGUUUUCUGAGCUGCAUCUGACGUUCUUCCUGUUCCAAAUUUGGCCCUCCCUCCUUCCUUUCCUCCACAUCCCCAGAGUCAGCAACCAUGAAGCAUGGUCGCCUUAGACCAUAGGCACCCUGAGGAGCCAUUCCAGCUACCUGUCAGUGAUCAGUUCUGUUUGUUUGAAGUAGGUUUACCUAGGGUUCUUCUUACAGUGGAAGGGGGCUGGUUCCAGUCAAAGAGGAGUUAUCAGGAUGAGCCAGUUGAAAAGAAUCGGAUGAUAAAUACAUGAGGGAGUUGUAGUUGGGGAGCUUAUUGCUGCUUGACCCACCUUGAGGUUUUGUGUUUCUCAGUUGUUACACUGCAGCUGUGGUGACACUGAGGCUGACUCAACUAUAAUCAGGAAGGGAAUACACCACACAAAAUAUGCUGCUGCAACUACAAAUCACAGAGUUCCUACUAGGGAUGGUGCCAUUACCCCUCUCACCUGCAUGAGGAGACAGGGACCACUUUUUGAUCUUUGAAGCUUCCAGUAGUGUAUGGCUUUCUGCUUUACCUUGGGGGAAGCAUCAUUAAAAUUGUGUAAUUGGUAGAAGUGAAUAUUUAAAUUUGUGACUUUUUUUAGAGAUGAAAUUGGAUAAAGGGGGACCAGAAAAGUUUGCUGUCUCUGAGAAGGACCUCCUAAAUGUUUUAAUUCUCCUUCAUGAGUCCAGAUUAAAAUUUCUUCCUAGCAUUAGUGAGUCUUGGGAAUUUUUAUAUUUCUCUUUAUCACUGUCCAGAAAAAAAGAAGUAUUUUUUAUUUUUUUUUUUACUGUCUGGUGCUUUCCAAAGCAGGUAAAUGGGAGCAGUUACUAAAUUGUAAGCACCACUCUUCCAGGGGAGGAAAGUCAAUUUUGACAUUUGCUUUCUCACUCUGUGGUAGAGCGGUUCCAACAGUGAUGUCUAGAGAAGGCAUUGCUGGGUUCCAGGAUAGUAGAACUUACUCAUGAGCAUUGUGUAAUUAAAUUAAUCACAUCAGGUCUCUGUAAACAGAUUGCAUCACAGGGAUGAAUCAAAGUAGACUUCCCAUACUACAGCAUUAAUAAAUGAACCAGUGGCAUCUCGGUGUUCCUUAAGUUCGGUGGAGUGGUCAUUUUCAAGAGGGUUAAAAACCAAAGAAGGGCAGCUGUAGCAUUCUCUUCAGUGAAUCAGCACAAGUCCGCCUCUUUGUUAAAUUAUGAGAAAACAGGUAGCAUGUCUUUUUUAAAGGGGAAAUGGAACAAUGUUAAAACUCUUUUGCGAUAAGGAGUUAUUGGGUGUGAUUUCCAAGUAAUCAUUUUCUCAGAACAAAGGCAUUCUCAGAUCACUAACCAAGGUAAUGAGGCUGGGCUUUGGAGAGGAGUUAUAGUUUUAUGUAAUGUGCCAGUGGCACCUAAAGGGUUAAUAUUCAGAGUUUUAAAGAUGGACAAUUUCAUUAAGCUUAAAAAAGACAGGAGACACUUUUAAAAAGAGAAUAAACUCUACUUGCCUCCAAUAGCUAGACAGUUAUCCAUUUUUAAGUUAAAAGUAUUUUUAUUCUGUAUGUGUUGAUUCCUGCUUCAGGGAGGAGGAAAAGAAAUAGAAGAGAUAAAGAUUUAACCUCAAAAUAGCUCCUUGGGAUUGCCAGACUUCAGCUGUAUAAAAACCUCAAACAGUUCCACAUACACAGGGAAUGCACCUUCUCCUUUUUCUGCCUAGAUGUUUGGCACUUAACUUAAGGGAAGAGGUAGGAUGAAGCCAGCAUUGUAGUUUGGUUUUUUCUUAUCCAAACAAGAAUUUUCCUCUAGAGAUAUUUUUGUGUGGAUGUGUGUGUGGAUGUGUGAAUGUGUGUUUGUGUGUGUGUGUAGUUUUUUUUUUUUACAGUGGCUGUCUAAAGUAUUUUUCACAACUUGUUUAGUAAUCAGUGCUUGAAAAAGCAGGUGGUAUCUCUCUAAAGUGGGAACGUAGGUCUAGGAUGUUGGAUGUGAAUUUCAAAUAAUAUAAUGUUUCACCAUCAGUAACAAAAACUUUUGGUCUGUGAUCACAAACUGAGGGAAACCAAGGAAAGGGGUAAAACCAGCCAGUCCAAUGGUGAGGAAAGAAAACCAAUCUUCAGUCAUAAGAAUGGAAAAACCAGCAUCUAAGGUUGGACCUGUGUUUUCAUUUCAAAUGGGAUACAGUAUUUUUUUUAUAAGGAGCCAUACUUUUUUUAAAAGUAAUUUGAGAUCUGAAUGUGAUUUCUAAUUGUAUCAGACGUUAAUGUUUCAAAGCUAUAACAAAGUUUUAAAAUUUCUACUAUUUUUUUUUCAUUCAUUUUAACUGUUCUGUUAUCUAUUAUCUUAAAUUGAUGUAUGUGGUUGGGGAAGUUUUGCUUCUCCUCUUAGCAUUUGUUUCUAUAACCAGAAAUAAAAUUAUAUAUUAAAGAGAAGACAUCCCCAAA